UACAAGCACGUGUUGUGAUACAACUAAUUGUUUACAAUAUUAUUAAAUGAAAUAAGUCGUAAAGUUUUGAGGCUUUUACGAUGAGUGUUUAUCAGAGUGCUGCUAGAAUACUGAAAGAUGCCUUAGAAAAGAAAGGCGCUGUCAAAACAUUGGUUUAUUCAUCAGAUGAAAAGGAUAAAAGAAAAUUGUUUGCUUUGGUUUGUGAGACACUGAAAUAUAAGACAAGUCUGUUUAAGAUCCUGAAAGAGACAGAUAUAUUAAACACUUAUGGAUGGAAUGAAGAAACAUGCAAGGAAGUUUUUACAGUAUCUGAUGAUAUAGAUUAUAAAUAUCUGGCACUUCCUCUUCUCUAUGAUUAUCUAUAUGGAAAGGGUCUUGGAAAAGCUGGACGGAUCCGGUCUCUGAUAACUAAACACAAAGGCUUGGUUUUAAAAACAUUCAGUAAAUUAAAGUCAGAAAAAGAAAUAAGUGAUGUCAUAGAUCACAAGGUCAACAAAUCAAGUUUACCAAGAUAUGUAAGAGUGAACACAUUAAAAGCUACACAAGAUGAUAUUAUUAACAGAUUUCAACAGGAAGGCUGGUUUCUAAAAACAGAUUAUGAACCAUCAUUGUAUUGUGAAGUAUUGAAGUCUUUGGCUGAAUCAGAAUUUCUUGUUGAUCCUGUUAUCCCUGGACUUUUAGCUUUUCCUCCUGGAACUGAUUUUCACAGUCAUUAUCUAAAUGAUUCUGGUGCUAUAAUUCUACAAGACAGAGCCAGUUGUUUUCCAGCUUCUAUUUUAAAUCCACCCCCAGGUAGCCAUGUUGUUGACUGUUGUGCUGCACCAGGCAAUAAGACUACUCAAUUAGCUGCCAUUAUGAAUAAUGAAGGGAAAAUAUUAGCAUUUGAUUUAAGUAAAGAAAGACUGGCAACACUACAAGAGUUUAUAAAUAAAGGGGAAGUAACUAAUACAACUGUUCGAUGUGCUGAUUUUAUGACUAUUGAUCCUACUAUAAAAGGAUGUGAGAGUGUAGAAUAUAUACUGGUUGAUCCUUCUUGUAGUGGUUCAGGAAUAGCUGAAAGAAGAAAUGAGUUAACCGAUGAUGUCCGUUCCACGGCUAAAAAACGAUUGCGUAAACUCAGUAGAUUUCAGUCAUUAUUAUUACAACAUGCUCUUUCUUUUCCGUCUGCUAAAAGAGUCGUAUACUCCACCUGCUCGGUCCAUGAAGAAGAAAAUGAACAAGUAGUGGAGGAAGUUUCCCAAAAAUUCCAGGACAGAUUUCAGCUGGAAUAUAUUUUACCAGAAUGGACCAUGCGAGGAAGGGAUGGGUAUAACUGUUCUAAAUUUUGCCUUCGUUUAGACACUAAUCAGCAUUUUACAAACGGUUUCUUUGUUGCUUGUUUUGUUUUAAAAUCAAAAAACUCUAAUUCUCAAUUGGUAAAUGAUAUUAAUGGUGGACAGUCAGAUGAAGAUAUGCCGACAAACAGCAAUCAUAAGAAAAAGAAGAAAAGAAAAUUAUCACCAUCCCCAUCUAGAACAGACAAUGAAAUUUCUGAUGUGAGUGAAGUGAAAAAAGAAAAGAAAUCUAAAAAGAAGCAUAAGAAAAAACAUUUAUCAGAUGAUGAAGAAAGUAUAGAAAAUAAUGAAGAAAUUAAGGAACAUACUAAAAAGAAGCACAAGAAAAAACAUUUAUCCGAUGAUGAAGAAACUCAUGAAGAAAUUAAAGAACAUACUAAAAAAAAGAAAAAGAAAAGUAAACAUUCGUCAGAAAAUCUUGAAGAGGACAGUAAUAAACAUUCUGAUAACAAUGUUGAAAUUGAUUCAAGUAUUUCGAAAAACAAAAGAAGAAAAAAAAAGAAAAGUCAUGCAAUAAAUGAAUAAUUUAAUUAAACAUUAAUAAGAAACCAAUCUAGUUAAAACACAGAUCCUAUUUCGUUUCGUUUUUAUAGUUCAAAAUUUCGUUUUACUUGUCUUUACUACACUUGGAUCUGGAAGAGUUGUUAUUUAACUCGUGUUCUGAAUGGUGUCAGGGAUAAGCUAAUGAAACGGUCUGUUACCGCGAUCUUUAGGUGUGUUUUUCACGGAACUGUGGGUAAUCCACUAGUAACAUCAAUGCUGAUUGGUUAAUCAAAUGUCUGACGUCAUAAGGUCAUAAGUCGGUCUUUUGACCCCUGACGUGACCUAUCGCUAUAACUUGUUAGAUCUACAUGUAGUGUAGGCCAUCGAAAGUAUAUAAAAAACGAAAUGAAAUAUAGAUCUGUAUUUUAAUCAGAUUGAUAAGAAACCAAAACAAAAAAUUAUAAAAUUAAAUGUUUUGAAUUUA